AUGUCACAGCAAACCGAGCAAGCACGAGCGUUCGCCGAACAUGACCUACGACAGGCCGUCCUGCGUCGUGUACCACAGCUUAUGAGCAUUAAAUCCGGGUGGGAGAAGCCUGAGAUUCCGAGUCUCCAUCAUCACGACUUGGCAGACCAUCUACUUGCCGCAGUCCAAAGCUACACACACGAUGCAAACAUGGCGAUCAUCGCCCGUGUUUUACAACUACCCCAGGAACUGCGAGAUAAUAUCUACAUGUAUCUAUGGGGAACUGACGAGGAGCACGAUCCGAGCCGCAGUCUGCUCUACUGGUGGGACUCCUUCGACGAGCCUUGGUUCUCCAAGGACGAUGAUCUCUGCAAAUCGCGAUGGCUAAAGACGGUGUCGAUGAAUCUUCGACCUCCGCACUUCAUCGACAAAUCUUUCGUAGGACCAGUCUUCGCUAAAGAGGCUCUCAAGCGAUUCAAGGACACUGUCGGGAAAGAUCUACGGCCAAUCGGCGAGAAGAACCCUGUAGCUGAAUACGGAGUACAUGACACGUCUAUGGAGGAAUUUGUAAGCAAGGACGCAUUUGGGGUCGGAGUAACGGUGGAAGAGUUGGCACGGAACCUGGAUCUGCGGGUGAACUUCCAGUGUGAUACACUGACCGACGAUGAAUUUGCUGAGAUCCAGAAGAGCAAGGUACAUGACCAAGGGUCACUCGUGACGGGUACAACAGUAUACACACGGGACGACUACCUCUGCGAUCUCAAUGACGGUGUCACAGCUCUACUGAGCAUUCCGCACAAUAACCGUGUCAUCACUCACAAUGAGCAUGGCCGACAUAUCCAAACGCGAGCAAGGGUUGUCACCCUUGCUAUAAGACAAGAAGACGAUUUUAUAGUCAGAGAUCUUUCUCCCAUACUAAAACUCGUCGCCCGUACCUACCAUGGCCUGAGAGCAAAGGGCUUCACAGUCAAAGUUCAAUACUACAGUGAGGACAUUGAACUUAAUGUGUUAUUCGAAGACGACGUCUGGGAGUGGACAAACGAUGAUUGGAAAAAGAACCGGUUCGCGAAGAACAAAUUUGGGAUAGGUCAUAGCACCUCAGCUGAGAGGUACGUUUGGGAACAACUUCGAGAACAUUUGUUCCAAAAGCCAGAUGAGGAUGUCUUACCCUGA